AUGACUCGCCAUGCACGUCACAUCCCCGUGGACAACAGCACACUGCACCUGCCACGCAUUCUCUGUCUGCAUGGCGGGGGAACAAACGCCCGCAUAUUCCACGCACAAUGUCGAGCCCUCGAGCAAGCUCUUCGUCCAUGGUUCAGACUUUGCUACGCAGAAGGGAUAUUCCCCUCACAACCAGGAUCAGACGUCACGGCCGUGUACCGUGACUUUGGACCCUUCCGUGCGUGGAUUGACCCCACGGACACAAAUCCUCGCGGCACAUCCGAGGCGUUGCACAAGUCCAUUGCCCAAGCUAUAGCUGAAGAUAACCGACAGCACGCAACGGGCCCGUUUGUAGGCCUUCUGGGGUUCAGCCAGGGAGCCAAGGUGUGUGCCAGUCUGAUUCUGGAACAGCAGCUCAUGAGCCGGGGUGGAUCGGCUCGUGGGAUAGAGGGCUGUGGGGUUAAUUCGUUCCCGCGAUGGCGGUUCGCGGUUCUUCUCGCGGGAUGCGGUCCACUUGUCACACUCUCGCCACAAUCGGUUGAAGCAGACCUCUUUCAUAGAAUGGGUAGUUUAUGGGAGAACGACGGUUCUGAUCGUCAGAAUGACCCAAAGUGGCCCAAAAACUUAGUUCUAACUCGGGAACUCAUACAAGUACCCACAAUUCACGUUCAUGGUAUAAGAGAUCCAAACUUGGACCUCCACCAGAAGCUAUUGUAUGAAUAUUUCGACCUGCGAUACACCCAGCUGGUUGAGUGGGAUGGGGAGCAUCGAGUCCCGCUCAAGGCAAAAGACGUGAAUGCCUUGGUGGAGGAAAUCAAUUCUUUGUGGCCGUUAGUUAUGUUAUAA